UUGGACUGAAUAUUCAGUCCUAAAGUAAGUAUUUAGUAUUUGGCCACCUGUCUUGGAUAUUCAGAGUAAAUACAUUUUCAAAGCUGAAUUGUUUGACCAAUUAAUUUUAGUUGAGAAAGAAAGGAAAAAUCCUUUCUUUCUCUCUCUCAAAAGAUAAUCAAACACAAAAUAGAAUGAAAAGAAAACUUAAAAAAACUCAGAUUUUUAAAAAAUGUUUAUUAUUUUCUGAAACAAUUAAAUAAUUCAAGAGUGAUAAAUAAAUUGUGAUGAAGGAAGAGUAAUAAUCUUGUAUUCAUAGGAAGUGAGCAAUUUUAUUGGUGGUCAUAAAUACUUCCAGCUUCACUGAACAUAUUGUACAUUCACUAAACAAGUUAUGCCCGAAACAUGUAUUUUAAACACAUAUCAACUGAACUAAAUAAAGAUGACAGAAUGCCAACUGUUUGAAUUUAUUACACUUCAUAGUGUUUAAGAGUCAAAAAACAUUUUGCUUUUGUUGUUUUGAUAUAAAAUACUGAACAUGGAAUGUAAAAUAGUAAAACUUACUUCACAUAAAAAUGCCUGUUGCAGAAUUUAUAACAUCCCUUCAAGCCAAUCCUUAUUUUGGUGCAGGAUUUGGCUUAGUGGGAGUUGGUGCUGGAAUUGCAGGAUUACGAAAAGCAUAUCAAGUAGCUUUAGUAUUGUUUCGAAGACACUUUAUAAUGACUUUGGAAGUACCUUGUAGAGAUAAAAGUUAUCAGUGGUUACUACAGUGGAUUUCACUAAAUGCACAAAAUUCUCAGCAUAUAAGUGUUGAAACAACGUUUAGUCAACUGGAGACAGGAAAAAUCUCUACAAAAUUUGAUUUUGUUCCAAGUGUUGGAACACAUUUUUUCAAGUAUCGUAGUACAUGGAUAAGAGUAGAAAGAACGCGUGAACAACAAACUUUAGAUUUACAUAUGGGUAUACCUUGGGAGACAGUUACUUUAACUGCAAUUGGAAAAAAUAAAGGACUUUAUUACAAUAUUUUAGAUGAAGCUAGGAAAUUAGCAAUAAAAAGAGAAGAAGGAAAGACAAUUGUCUAUACAGCUGCCGGAUCUGAAUGGAGACAGUUUGGACAUCCUCGUAAACGUCGCCCACUAUCUUCAGUUAUUUUAGACAAAGGAAUAAGUGAAAGAAUAUUUGAAGAUGUUAAAGAAUUUAUUGGAAAUCCCCAAUGGUAUACAGAAAGAGGAAUACCAUAUAGAAGAGGUUAUCUGUUAUAUGGACCACCAGGUUGUGGAAAAAGUAGUUUCAUUACAGCAUUGGCAGGAGAACUUGAAUAUAGCAUAUGUGUACUUAAUUUGAGUGAAAGAGGACUUUCUGAUGACAGACUUAAUCAUUUAAUGAAUAUAGCUCCUCAGCAAUCUCUUAUUCUGCUCGAGGAUAUAGAUGCUGCUUUUAUUAGUCGUGAAGAAUCAAGUAAAGUCAAUAUAGCAUAUGAAGGAUUGAGUCAUGUAACACUCAGUGGUUUGCUAAACAUGUUAGAUGGAGUUGCUUCAUCUGAAGCAAGAAUAGUAUGCAUGACAACAAAUUUUAUUGACAGACUUGAUCCUGCAUUGAUACGACCUGGCCGCGUAGACGUCAAAGAAUACAUUGGGUUUGCAUCAGCUCAUCAGUUACGGUUAAUGUUUGAGAGAUUUUAUCCAUAUGAGAGUAAAGAAAGUGCUGAUAAGUUUGUUUCAACAGCAUUACAGACUAAUAAAGACAUUAGCAUGGCCAUGGUACAGGGAUUUUUUAUGUUUUAUAAAAAUGAUCCUAAAAAUGUAAUCAGUAAUAUUGAAAAGAUAUGGACUUUAUGACACUGAAGAAAAUAAAUUAUUCAAAUUAAAAGUUAAUAUAAAUUGUAAAUAAAGCUAUAUACUGUAAUGCAUCACAAGAGCUAUGAUUUUUAUAAAAUUUUAUAGUUACACACAGUGUGGGCCGAAGGUAAAUUUUUAGAAUAAGUUAAAGUAAAAACGUUUAAAAUACAUAAAAGAUUUCAUAAAUAUAAAAAUAGGAAAAUACUUGCAUUUAAUAGACAUUUAAAAGUAAAAUUCUUUAAUAUUUGCCAAUUUAUAUCGACUGUUAAGUUUUAGAAAUGUAGUCCAAAAGCAUUAGAACUUGAGGAUUAAUGUAAGUCUGAAAGCACUACUUGUUUUUCAAACUACAUUAAGGCAAAUAUUUUUCUGUUUUUAAAGGCGUUUAAGCACUGUUUACCUAAAAAUAAUUAAAUUCUUUAGUGUUUUUUUAUUUCGUUUUCUGAUACUUAUUACAAUACCUUUUAACUGAAUUGAGUUUUAAAAUUAAUUUAUCAUAAAAUUUUGCCUUGACAAUUCUAUAAAUUAGUCCUACCAUAAAUAGGAAAUCUUCCAAUUAUUAUGUUUCAUCAAGGUCACAUUCUAUGUGGUUAAAUGUGUAAAUAUUUUCUCAAGGUACUUUUGGCUCAUUCUGUAUAUAUAACUUAUAAUAGUACUGUACUUCAGUACAGUCGACCCCCCUAUAACACGGUAGAUACGUUCCGUUU